AUGUCAAGUCCCAUAUCACCGCCGACAAAGGCUUUCUCACAGCAAACGCCAUCGCGAACUCCUUCACGGACUCCAAAUCGCCGCGCGGUCAGUGCUGAGCCCUACUCUGCGCGCGCCUCCAUUCACACACCUCUCGAUCGUACUGGCGCCCGCGAUCUGCGCGCAUCUCUCCGCCGUGGCACUCCUGCAUCUGCUGGCCGAUCCAAUGCGCCAACUCCUCAUGCCAAAGCCGCCCGCCGGUUGCUUGAUCAGCGUCGAACUGCAAUCUUCACACCUGGAAAGAAGCGCAGACAGAGUCUGUUGCAACAGAGAGAAACACCCUUGGAUGUCCUGCGAAACCUCAGUCGAGCACUAGCACCUAAGAGCCAGCCUAUCAUAUCCUCAUCCUCGUCAUCACCGGGGAACAAACGGAGUGUAUCGCCAGAACAGCAGGAGCAAAGUAAUUUGUACGACGACGACGAAGAUGAUGACGACGACGAGUUCCUCACUAGGCGGCCAAGACUUUCCUUGCCCAUGGACGAUGAAGAUGCUUCUAGUAUGAGCUCGGACUUGCCCCCGCCACGGUUGUCGCAGCAGUUUGAGGAGGACUAUACGACACAUUCGAUCGAAAUGCCCCGAAGAUUUGCGAAUGACUCUCGAUUAUCUCGAGGGAGUCCUGGAAGCCAACGCAUGAGCGACUAUUUCGAUAAUGAACCUACGGAGGACGACAUUGGCCAACAUUCGGAUUUCUUUCCGGGUCUCUUGGAAGACAUUCAAGCAAGACCUGUCCAAGAUGAUGAUACUCUGGAACCGAUUGAAGCAGACCAAACCCGGGGAAUGAUCGAGGGUAGAGGGAGUGACUUCAAUUUUGAGAUGCCUGAAGGACUAGAUGAACAAACUGUCUUUCAGAUGUCUGACCCAGCUGAUGACAUUCAACCAACAUCCCCCAUCGUUGAUCAGUCGGUUGCAGAAGCCAGAGCUGCAGAAGCCCAGGAACCUGGCCCGGACGUAGCGUUCGACUCUGACUCUGAUGUUGGAGGAGCAGACUUUGGUAUGGAUGGCUGGGAUCACAACGAUGGGGGCGUUGACGACCACAGCUCAAUAAAUGAAGAGCUACAGCCAGUAACAGAGCCGACAGUUACGGCAGGAGUGCGUCACAUGCCAGCUGACGACAGACUACCGCGCGGCCUAAAAGCAAACAAGAAGCGAAAGCGAAUCUCACAACAUGGCAUUGAAUACCCGGGACUGCCUCCGGCUUUUGUAAAGCGGGUGGCGCAAACAGCUCUCCAAUCGUCGGGUCUAAGUAACCAGCGUCUCUCGGCAGAAACACUGGAUGCUCUCAUCCAAUCUUCUGAAUGGUUCUUUGAGCAACUAGGUGAUGAUUUAGGAGCCUACGCAGAUCACGCCAAACGCAAGACUAUUGAAGAGAGCGACGUCUUCACGCUUAUGAAAAGGCAGCGUCAGAUAGGUCCGCGUUCCUCUAUGUUCUCGUUGGCGCAGAAGCACCUCCCGAGAGAACUCCUCCAGGAAUUGAGGAUGCCAGUUCCACAACCAGCCAAACAACGCAAGGCUAGGCGUGUGUCGGAUCAGAACGACGAAGCAGAUGUUGCAGAGUAUACAUGA